GUUGGGGCGAGGGGGGGGGGCGGCUGCGUUCGCUUUCCGAAUCUGCGGAUGGUACGGAGAAGCCGCGUUAACGAGGGAUCUGCGCCUCACGCCGUGCCGGGCCUCCUCCACCCCACCGGCGGGGCGCUUACCUGACUCAGACCAAGAGCAAGAUGGCUCACAGCCAAGCUAAAAAACGCAGGAGGAGUCGAAGCGAUUCCCGGAGCCGACAGCGAGACAAGGAGGAAGAUAAGAAAAGGAGGAAGAACAGCAAAGGUUCCCGAGAGAGGAAGAGGAGUUGGUCCCCAGCAAGCAAAAAAGAAUCGGAACCCCAGGAAUUCAGGAUGAGUUUAUCUUCCAAAGAUGCCAGGUCGGGGGUGAUUGUCCUCUGGAGCCCCUGCUUAUCUUCUCUUCCAUUCUGGCUCCUAGUGAGAAAGAAGCAGAAAGCGAAGAAGAAAAGGAAAAGGAAGGCCAGCUCCUCCUCCUCCUCCUCUGAAACCACCUCUUCCUCCUCCUCGUCUUCUGGGUCGGCCUCCUCUUCCAGUGCCUCCUCGGACGAGUCCCACAACGGAAAGGCCAAAUCCGAAAAGAAAAAGCAGAGGAAGAAGAAGGCUUCCAAAGGGAAGGACAAGAAGCGGAAGAAACGGAAAGAGAAAAAGAAGAAGAAGAAAGCCAAAAAGGAGCGGGGAAAAGAGGAGGAAACCAAGAAGGAAGAGGCUCCCGGCCCUUCGCUGGAGCAGUGGCAGAAGGAGGCUGGAUCGGAUUCUGGGCCGGCCCUGACGGACGAACAGAAGUUCCGCAUCCAGGCCAUGAAGCCAAUGACAAAAGAGGAGUGGGAUGCCCGCCAGAGCGUUAUACGGAAGGUCCUCAACCCUGAAACAGGCCGGAUGAGGCUUAUUAAAGGCGACGGAGAGAUCCUGGAGGAGAUUGUGACGAAAGAAAGGCAUAAAGAAAUAAACAAGCAAUCCACCCGGGGAGACGGAUUUUCAUUUCAGAUGAAGAUGGGGAUGCUGCAGUAGCGGGACGGAUUUCUGAAACGGCAGAGAUGGUCUCCUUGGCUGUUUGCAAAGCUUUUGCCCCAAACGAGGCACGCCCGGGUGCCAGAGGGCAGAAUCUCUUCUAAGGCCGCAGUGCACAAGCCUUGUGGGGGUCUCCCCCUCCCCUUCGGCUCCAGGGGCCCUUGAUUUUCCCAGGAGUCACUUCAGCUGCUCUUCUCAGCUUCCCAUCCUCUUGAGGUUAGGGAGCGUAGAUUCAUGUUCUUCUUGGGGGGGAAAGGGAGAGUUGGAAGCAGGCGCAAAGACGGAUGAAUUAAAGGGCUUCUGGCGAUGGUUUAUGGGGGAGGGGGGCGUCCCUGGCUGCUUUCCCCCGUGCCAAAGGUCCCCUCCUGAGCGAUUCCUUGCAGCUAAAGAGGCUGCCGAUCUCCUCGUCCGUAUCUGGUGACCUGGCAAGGAAAAUCCAAGCAAAAGAACAACUUCCCGCCAUGCUAAGGAAAAGAUCAGCCUUGCCAGCAAUGCAGUCCAGAGACUGGAGCGCUGCAGCAGCUCAUUACCAGGAGGGAGAAUGACUCAUCGCCUCCCUGAUCUGGCCAGAGGAGGGCAGAGCGCAGGCCUGCUGCAGCUCUCCUUCAGGUCUGCCUGGCACGCUGCCCACCCACCCACCCACCCACCCCCUUGAUCAAGCUCCAGGGGAGUCUGGAAUGAGGCCUCCUGGCCCGGUUCUCCAGCAGCCUCAGCUCCUCUCUUUCCAGGCAGAAGGGGCUCAGCUUUCUUAAGGGUGCCGUGGCUUCCCAGCCAGCUGGGGAGGGUAAAGGCCGGUUUGGGGGCUUCUGGAUUCCUGCGGUGGGCAGGGCCGGGAGAAGGCUGGUCUUCCCCAGUUGGUUUGGACGUCAGAGAAUGUCUGGAAGGUUGCCAGUGGCUCAGCCCCGAUGUGUGAUUUGACUUCACCUCCUGCUAGUGAUGAAGGCAAAGAACGGCAUUGUAGCUUCCUAAGCUCAUAAGAAGGUCUGACAAAAACUACCCUCUGCCUGGGCUGCUAGCUGAAUUCUGCAUUGGUUGCUACUGGUUUAAUUUCUCUCCUCCCCCUUCUGUCCUUCUCCUCUUCCUUUGCUCCUCCUUUUCCUUCCAUCCUUUUCUUCUUUCUUCUAUUCUUCUUUCUCCUCUUCAUCUUUCUUCUCCUUCUCUUCCUUUCAUUCUCCUUCCAUCCUCUCCUUAUCUUUCUCUUGCUUUUCUUCCUUUCAUCCUUCUUCCACCCUCCUUUUCCUUCUCUUCCUCCUUCUCUUCUUCCUUCCAUCCUCCUCUUCCUUUGGUUGGAGAGUAUUCAAAGGCUUGUCAAUCAUUCAUUCUCCGACAGUCGCUUUGUGCAAUGUGCACAUAACCUUCCUUAGGGGCAAGAGAUUUUUCUCACUCUUUCCGAUUCCUCCCGUUUCUAAUCCUGCCCUGGGCUGACUGCCCUAUACGCCAACGACUGGGUUGCCCUGACUCACAAGGCCAGUGGGAACCACACGCAGGCCAACUCUUAGCACCCUUUGGCAACCAAGCAGCUGCUGAACUAGCUUAUGUAAACCCCGUUCCCAUCACAACCAGUUAAUCAUUAAUCCGUUCUUGGAACACGCCACCCAGGCUGAAUUCACCCCCAAAAGAAAAUAAAACAAGCGUGGGAGAGAAAAAUAUUGCAAAGUGUGCGUUUAAAAUUCUGCAGAGCACCCAGUCCUACAGAGCUAAAGGCCCUGAAAUCGUGCCAAUUCCCAGAGCUAAAGGCAAAUUUAAUAGUCUUCCUGUGAAACCUGGCAAGUGAAAGUGUUCUUUUUUUUUUUUUAAGGGCUGGAUUGUAUCCUUUGCAUGCAUUGUUUCUUUUCAAAACUGCAAGCACAAAGCUGAAGGAAAAAUUGAAAUUGUUGAAGCGAUGAAUGUUGUGUCAUCUGUCCAAUUGGAAAUGCUUAUACAGGAUGCUGAUGUAGCUACUUUAACUAAUUAAAACAACCUUCUAAAUGAU